AUGUCGCGAACCACUUCGGCAGACACCUCUCUCGGUCGCUAUAACCCCCUAGUGAACCCAGUCCACUCCAAACCAGCUCUGGUCGAAGAACACAUCGAGGACCAACAGCAUAUCCUCUUCUCACGACCUCUCUUCGGAGCCUUGCUCUUCGAGAAUACGACCUCAGAUGCGCGUGAUCACUGCGCCAACGAGCGUACCUUUCUCUCAUGGCUCCGUCUCUCCAUGUACCUAGCCAUUGUUUCGCUAGCCAUCAUCAUCUCGUUCCACUUCCGUGAGCAGCCCUCGGGUUUGGAGCGACGGAUGGCUCUCCCGCUCGGCAUCAUCUUCUGGCUGCUCAGUAUAACCUGUCUGAUUAACGGGUUUGCGAAUUACUCCCGCACCGUCAUGAAGUAUAGUCGCAAGGCGGCUCUGGUCCAGAGUGGUUGGAAGACUCAGGUCGUUUUUACCGUGGUUGGGACCGUCAUCUUGGGCAGUUGUAUCCUCUUUUUAUCAACGGACAAGUCAGGAUAG